AUCAAACACCCCCAUCCCAUCUUCCAAACAUAGAAAAAGUUCAAAAGAAGAGGAAGAAAUGAGAUUAGCUUUGCUUUGUGUUUCAUUAAUAAUUUUUAUGAUGGUUUUAGCCAUCGUCCAUGGAUUUUCUUAGGACAUCCAUGCCCCCUCCCAUUCCCACCUCAAAAUCACCUCCCAAUUUGUCCAAAUCUAGGGGUAGUCACAGAAUCCCAUAAGCUAAAAGACAUAUCUCGCUUCAUCAUCAACACGAAAACCCUCCCUUUUUCAUUUUUUUCUUGUAUUCCCUCUCGAAAACUGCCUACGUUUUUCCCAUCACCCUUAACCUCCUCCGGUUUCAAGUUUCUUGAAUCACACAGAAAGCAGCAAGAAGAAGCAAAACCCAUCUCAUGCACUGUCCACGAAAACAAGCUGACUCACUCCAUUUGCCUGAACACACAUUAUAAAUCAUCUAUCCCUCUCUUGCCCUUCUCUCUCUCUCUCUCCAUCUUUCCUCAGAGAAGGGCAAAGAGAAACGCUUCAUCGUAUCAUAGUCAAGAAAUGGCAGUGUGCACUGUCCACACAACCCAAUUACUCAACCCCACAUGCUCAUCAAUCGCAAGCUUCCACAAGAAACAGGUCCUUUUCUGCACUUAUGGCAGCAGAGCCACCAAGAGGGGAGGGGUCAUCAUCCAAAGCCACCCGUCAUCACCCGGUGUGGUCAUUUGCUCAGCGGCUGGCCGCGGCGACACACUGGUGAUCGGUCUCGCUGCCGACUCGGGGUGCGGGAAGAGCACCUUCAUGAGGAGGCUCACAAGCGUGUUCGGAGGGGCGGCUGAGCCCCCGAAGGGCGGGAACCCGGACUCCAACACCCUCAUCAGCGACACAACAACCGUGAUAUGCCUGGAUGACUACCACGCCCUGGACAGGACAGGGAGGAAGGGAAAGGGUGUCUCCGCACUCGACCCGCGCGCCAACGACUUCGACCUCAUGUACGAGCAGGUCAAGGCGCUCAAGGAAGGGAAGGCAGUCGAGAAGCCCAUCUACAACCACGUCACCGGCCUCCUCGACCCGCCGGAGCUCAUUGUGCCGCCCAAGAUCCUUGUCAUUGAGGGUCUGCACCCAAUGUUUGACCAACGUGUGAGGGAAUUGCUGGACUUCAGUAUUUACUUGGACAUAAGCAGCGAGGUGAAGUUUGCUUGGAAGAUUCAGAGAGACAUGGCUGAGAGAGGACACAGUCUUGAAAGCAUCAAAGCUAGCAUUGAGGCCAGAAAGCCAGACUUUGAUGCUUAUAUAGAUCCACAAAAGCAAUAUGCAGAUGCAGUGAUUGAAGUGUUGCCAACCCAACUCAUUCCUGAUGACAACGAGGGGAAGGUGUUGAGAGUGAGACUGAUAAUGAAGGAAGGAUUGAAGUACUUCAAACCGGUUUACCUCUUUGAUGAGGGCUCAACAAUUUCAUGGAUUCCUUGUGGAAGGAAACUCACCUGCUCUUACCCUGGCAUCAAGUUCUUCUACGGCCCUGACACUUAUUUUGGCCAUGAGGUGUUUGUGUUGGAGAUGGAUGGGCAAUUUGACCGACUAGCUGAGCUGAUAUAUGUGGAGAGCCAUCUCAGCAACAUCUCCACCAAGUUCUAUGGAGAGGUCACCCAGCAAAUGCUGAAGCACUCUGAUUUCCCCGGAAGCAACAAUGGCACAGGCCUCUUCCAAACCAUCAUUGGCUUGAAGAUCAGAGACCUCUGGGAACAAAUAGUUGCCACCAAAACUGGUGCCCCAUUGGAAGCAGCAAAAGCUUGAAACUUUCUAAAUGGCAGGAGAAAAAAUAUCACCCAUAUUGAUCAUUCUCUAGCCCCAUUUUAUCCUUUACUAUUUUUUCUCUUCUUUUUUUUCUUUACUUCAUCACCCAAAUUAUUUUUCCUUCAUGCUUCGGCCCGCAUAGAGGAAAGCGCUCAGCAUGUAUUUACUUCCCCCCUGUGUAAUUCCAAUCCAAUUUGUAACAUAGAGGAAUAAAAGCAGAAGAUUGUAUAUACUUAUGAAAGCAAUUAAUAGAUAGACUGUGCAUUAUAUAAGACGAACUUGCAAUAUCAAGGACCGUCCAGGGAAGGAAAAAAAUCAUUCACAGUGUUUGAAACAGAGGAUUGCGACAGACCUUGUCAAGUCAUCAUCUUUAAACUUAUCUUCGACCUUAAUGCACAUGAUAAUAACUGUUUGUCAAUUGUAAACAGAUCGUGACCUGAUGAACCAGCAUAACAAAGUGCAUAAUUUUGCC